AUGGACACAGAAGAGAAGUUUACUCAGUCCCAAACUGAUGUUCUCAUCAUCGGUGCUGGGCCAUCCGGCCUGAUGGCCGCGUACUGGAUGGCUCGCUAUGGAGUCAAUGCACGCAUUAUCGACAAUCGUGACACGAAGGUCUUCCUAGGCCACGCAGACGGGCUUCGUGCACGUACCCUAGAGUUAUUCGACAGCAUGGGUUUCCAACACCGUGUUAUACAGGAGGGAUCUAUCUCCACCGAGGCGAACAUUUGGGUCCCCGGUCCGCAGGGAAAUAUCAUCCGACAGGCUCAGAUUGACAUCUUCAGAGUCGACGAGUCACCUUUUCACAAUACACGUUUGAACCAGGGACGCAUCGAGCGGUUUAUUCUUGAUAGUAUCCGGGAGCACUCCGAUCUCGAUGUGGAACGGAGCGUGAUCGCCGACUCUUUGGAAUAUGAUGAGGAAUUGAGUAAUGAUCCCAACUCGUAUCUUAUCACUGUCAAGGUCCGGGUCCUCGGAGAGGAUGAUUCGAAUCCGCCGUGCGGACAGGAAAUUGAAAAUGGCCCCCAAGCUGCUGGCAACGUCGUGAACCACAGUGACUUGCUUCCUGAUGACUGGGCCGAUCUAGCCCCUCGCAAAAGGCCGCAGAGGACUCAGGUCGAGACUAUCAAAGCCAAGUAUCUGAUCGGGUGUGAUGGUGCCCACAGCUGGACGAGAAAACAGCUGAACAUCCCCGUGGAAGGGUCUAACACGGACCAUAUAUGGGGCGUGAUAGACGUGAUACCCCUUACCGACUUCCCGGACAUCCGCCGCGUAAGCGUCGUCAACAACGCCGCAGGCACGAUCCUCGUGAUCCCACGGGAGCGCGGCUUAGUCCGCUUCUACGUCCCUGUGCAAACCUGCGAAGCGGGAGCAACUGACCGAUUCGAUCGUUCGAAAAUCACGCGGGAGUUAAUCCGCUCGCGCGUGCAAGCCAUCCUUGCCCCCUUCAUCUUCGACUUCAAGGAAUGUAGCUGGUGGACGGUGUACCAAGUCGGGCAGCGGAUUGCCGCACAAUCCACGAAGGACAACCGCAUCUUCCUUGCUGGUGAUGCGGUGCACACGCACUCACCUAAGAUGGGGCUCGGGAUGAACAUGAGUAUGCAGGAUGGGUUCAAUGUUGGAUGGAAGAUUGCACUUGCUGUGGCGGGUACGCUCAAGCCUGAGGUUCUUGAGACUUAUGCUUCGGAGAGACAUCCGCUUGCGGAGAUGUUGCUUGACUUUGAUCGCCAUUGGUCGCCUAUGUUUACUGAUCGGAAACCUGGAGUGGGGGAUACGAAAGCUUCGGAGAUUGCCCUUAUUGGAGGGAGGUUUGAGGACUUCGCUGACGGUUGGAAAGUCUUUUACCCCGCGAGCAGUCUUGUUCGGAAGGCCGAAGACAAUGCUGAAUUUGCCUUUGCACAGCACAUAGUCCGGCCGGUGAAGCUCCGCAAUCAGGCUGAUGGCGGGGCACUAUGGACAACAAGAGUCUUGGAAAGCGAUGGGCCCUUCCGCAUUCUAGUCUUAGCUGGUGAUAUACGAAACCCAAUGCAGAAACAACGCCUUGAGACCAUGGCUCGGGUUUUGGCUGGACAGUCUGGGUCGAGCAAUACACCCCUGAGUCGCUACUUGGAGAUUCCAGGUCGGUUCAAGAGUCCUGUUGAUGUACUCACCAUUCAUGCUUCGCCGUGGAAAGAGGUAGAAUUAUUUGAUUUCCCCGAGGUUCUGCGUCCAUUCGACCCGGUGAAAGGAUGGGCAUAUGACAAGAUUUGGUGCGAUGAUGCUUGCAUCUUUGAUCGUUAUUGCGAUGGAACAGCAUAUGAGAAAUGGGGUGUUGACCGAGUCCUUGGGGCGCUGGUGGUCGUUCGCCCGGAUCAAUAUAUCGGAUGGGUGGGUGAACUUGGGGAUGUGGAGGAAUUGACGCAGUACUUGGAUGGAAUUCUUGUGAAGAAGUCGCCGACAAACGGGGUUCACUCAGUCGUCUAG